UGAUUGUUGCAGCUGUGUACGCCAUUUUGUUCAGUGUUCAGUGGAAGCGAUUCGUCUGGUGAUUUUCUUUGGUGAAGUUAGCUAGGCAAGUGGUUAUUUUACGUCUGGGUGGAGGGUAACUACUUCAAGUGGAAAAAUGAGCUCUCAAGCAGCAGCGAAAGUUGUGGUGAAAAGCACGACCAAAGUGUCUCUGAACGACCGCUUCACUAAUAUGCUGAAGAACAAGCAGCCUCCUGCAGUUAAUGUGAGGGCUACUAUGCAGCAGCAACAUGCAUCAACUGCUCGGAACCGAAGGCUUGCCCAGCAGAUGGAGAAUCGCCCGUCAGUCCAGGCUGCCCUGCAGAACAAACAGUCUAAGACUCUAAAACAACGGCUAGGUGUCCAGGCACGACUGGGUCGCCAGAUGGUCACCGGAGCCCGAGGAGGAAUGGGCACGAGGGGCUUCGCAGUGACUGGAUUCCGAGGGGUGAUCCGCGGUGGUGGCCGUGGAAGAGGCACUUUCUUCAGGGGAGCCAUGCCUCUCAGAGGCGUGAUGCGUGGCCGAGGAGGACCUGGUCGACUGGCAGUGAGGCGGGGCCUCAGGCAGAGAGGAGGCCAGAUGGGCCGAGCAGGACUGCUGGUCAGUAGAGGAGCCCGUGCUGGAUUCGGAGGAAGAGGUCGAGGAGUGGGUCUCCGUGGACGCGGUGCGUUUGCCAAUCGGGGUGGAGCACGCGGCACAUUCCCCAAUCGAGGAGGAGGACGUGGCGGCUUCGCCAACCGAGGAGGACGCGGCGGAUUUGCAAACCGGGGAGGAGGCCGGGGCGGGUUCGGCAACCGCGGUGGAGCCCGCGGUGCUUUCGCCGGUCGGGGUGCCGCGCGUGGUCGUGGACGGGGUCGAGGUCGAGGUCGGGGUGCUGGCCAGUCCGAUCUGACCCGAGAGCAGCUGGACAACCAGCUGGACGACUACAUGUCCAAAACCAAAGGCCACCUGGAUGCAGAGCUGGAUGCCUACAUGGCCCAGGCCGAGGACAUGGAGUGAAAGUGUGUGUGUGUGUGUGUGUGUAACUGACUGACCUGCUGGAGGGAGUCCAGAGAUGGGUCUUUUCUGUCGGAUUAUGCAAACCCCUCCUUGCUACCACUCCCCACCACCCUGCCCAACUUCAUUGAUAUUUCACUGCACAGCUGGAACAGUUAGUAGUCUCCGCAUUCUCACUCAUUUCAUGUCUUCAUGAGCACAAGACCAAAUGACGACCGGUCAAGAUGCUAUGCUUGUGUUCUCCUCAAAUUUACAAAAAAACAUUUGUUUUUAAGUGUUUGUGCAAAGCAUAAUGCCUCCAAUCAACUUGGGUGUCUUGACUUAAGUGAAGGGAUUUCUUUCCUUGUACUAAAAGAAAUGUGUAUGUGCACUUUCCAUUUGGCUUGUAUGACUGUGAUGUCUUUAAGGACUACUCAAACUCCAGCAUUAACAAAGUGGUUUAUGUUUUAUGGUUACUUUUUUACCACCUGUAAAUUCACACAAUUGUUCUUUUUGCCUUUCUGUCUUGUUCGGGGAAAGUAUCAGACUUGAACCACCAAAAGUCUUUUGAAUCUACCUCCAACACCAUUAUGUACUUUCAGAAUGUCUUGGUGUAAGUUUCAAGGCAUGUGGCUUGGGACACUAAAAAAAAUAUCGGGUCUUGUCUAGUGACUUGAUACGACAAUGGGGUCGCAGUAAAUAAUGGUGCAAAAUUGUUAAUGGAAGUACUGACAUUUCCAGUGCCUGCUGGUUUGAGUUACUGGUCAAAAUUCUCAAUUAUUUAUGUUAAAGUGAAAUCCAGGCUUGUAAAGCAAGCAAAAAAAAAAAAAUAGAGGGGGGUGGGACUGUUUGAGAAGUGUUUUGAAGAUAUAGGUCAAUGUGUUCUGUUCUGUUUGCGAUAUCUGAUGACCUCUUCUCCACUGUUUUUAUUAAACUCAAGACUUUUUCAGAAUUUAAUGGAACCUU